GAUUUACUCUGUUCUGCAAAAAGAAGUGCAAAACGGAAUGAGAGAGAAUAAAAGAGACUAAAAACAAACGAAAGACGUUACAACGCAGACGAAAUAUUGGCACUUUAUUUCCCUCCAUCUUUUGGAUGGCGGAUUCUGUUCUUCGUGUGCGCAACCAGUAUGCGCAAUGGGCGUAAUUAUGUUCUCAAGGUGGGUGCAUACAGAAGUCGUGCUCGGUAAACACUGUUUACAAAAGGUGGAAACAAGAUGGAAUGAGGCCUGCUCAGCAAGACGUAAUAAAAUGGGUCAACACGUUACGAAGACCGACUUCGAAUGGGUUUAUACGGAAGAACCGCAUGCAUCACGUCGUAAAAUAAUUUUAGAGAAAUAUCCACAAAUAACGAAAUUGUUUGGAUAUGAUCCUAUGUUUAAAUGGAUAGUCACAGGAAUGGUUUUAAUUCAAUUAAUAACCAUGUUUAUUGUAAAAGAUUUAAACUAUCCAAUGAUGUUGCUUUUAGCAUACUGUUUUGGAGGUGUAAUUAAUCAUUCUCUUAUGUUAGCAAUACAUGAAAUAGCACAUAAUCUUGCCUUCGGACAUUCUAGACCUCGGGCCAAUAGAUUAUUUGGGUAUUUUGCUAAUUUACCUAUAGGUAUACCUAUAUCUAGUAGCUUUAAAAAGUAUCACCUUAUACAUCAUCGUUAUCAAGGAGACGAAGUAUUAGAUACCGAUUUACCAACAUUAUUGGAAGCCAAAUUAUUCUGUACAACAUUUGGAAAGUUUUGUUGGAUAUGUUUGCAACCAUUUUUUUAUGCAUUUAGACCUUUUUUUGUUUAUCCACUAGCACCCACAUUAAUAGAAUUUAUAAAUUUAGCGAUACAACUCACAUUUGAUGCAUUGGUAUGGUACUUUUUAGGUGGAAAAGUGUUAGUCUAUUUACUUUUUGGAUCAGUAAUGGCAAUGGGUUUGCAUCCUGUAGCUGGUCAUUUUAUAUCAGAACAUUAUAUGUAUGCCAAAGGUUUUGAAACGUACAGUUACUAUGGUCCAUUAAAUUGGAUUACAUUUAAUGUUGGAUAUCAUAAUGAACAUCAUGAUUUUCCUGCUGUUCCUGGUUCAAGAUUACCAGAUGUAAAACGUAUAGCUUCCGAAUAUUAUGAUACUUUGCCACAGCAUACUUCUUGGAUCUCUGUUUUGUAUGAUUUUGUUAUGGAUCCUGAGAUAGGUCCAUAUGCAAGGAUGAAGAGAAAACAUAGGGGGCUAUCUUCAUAAAUCUUAGAAAAUUUUAUAUUAUUAAAAAAUGAAUAAUUAACAAUUAACAUCUGGAACUUAAAAUUGCAUGCACAUGUAACACAUUCAAUAUUAGUAUUU